AUGAAUGCCCCAGAUAGAUUUGAAUUAUUUAUAUUACCUGAUGGUGUUGAUAAGCUUAAGAUCACCCCUGACACAAAAGUUCCUAAUGCAGCUUUGAUCAAGAUAGAAAGAGAAGAUCAUACUUUAGCCAAUUUAUUAAGAGCACAAUUAUUAAAAGACGAAAGAGUUUUAUUCGCUGCUUACAAGAUUGAACAUCCAUUAUUUGCCAAUUUCAUAUUAAGAAUUCAAACUGAAGAUGAUUAUACUCCAAAGGAAGCCUUAGCCAAUGCAUGUCAACGUUUAAUGGAUGAAUUAACUUUGAUUAAAUCCAAAUUUAGAGAAGAAUGGAACUUGAAAUCUUUGAUUAAUGAAUAG